AUGUCACCGAUGAAGAUCCCGCUCGGUGUUAUGGCGCUGUUGGUGGCGUUGGCACCGUUGGAGAUCGGUGUGCUGGCAUCGGACGAGUCGAGUCUGAUGAUAUCCGCCGAUGGCAUUCUGGAUGAACAGCUGAUGCCGAUCGCCUACCUGAUACUGGACGGAGCCGGUUCCGCCGCAACGCAGCAAGAUUUUGGAGUCGAAAGUCGCUCUGAAGGGUUGUCGCUUCCAACGGCGGCGAACAACGCGAGUUCCGGUGAGGUGAAGAAUACCGACGCGAGCUACGCCAGUGCACUUUCUACCCUUGGAUUUCAUCGCACCAUGAUCAACCUGUAUCGUUGCAAAGGUUUCCUCGCGAAACAGAUUCUCGACUCGUACCCAAUGCAGCCGCUGCUCUCGAAGCGGAUGAGCUCGCCGUCGAGCGUGGCGAACUUUUCGGCGACGAUGCUGCUCGGCUCACCGCGGAGCUCAAUGGACACCAUGCUGUACGAUCAGGGUUCCACCGGCUACAAGGAGUGGCUUACAAAAACUACCACACUCGACGACAUCUAUGAGAACUUCCUGGCAUCGGCGAAGGCGAAUGGCGGCGGUGGCAAUGAAAGUGCGCAUGCUGAUGCAAGGCCCACUAUGACCACACGGCUCGGUCAGGAGGAGUACUUCGACGAAGGUAUCAUCACGGGGUACGCCGUUCAGCCUGAUCCGGUGGCGAUGAACGGCGAGCGGAACCUACGCUCGGAGGCGUCAGCCAACUACUACCGAGGGCACGGUCUACACCCGGCGCCACCGGCAAAGACUCACCGUGACCUGCUGGAGGGCGAAACGGUCGAGUACGAGGCGUCCCGUGGGGAUGUUGGUUACCGUCGUCGCUUUCACCAGCAUCAUCCGGUGUUCGAGUUCGAGGAUAAGUCGCUGGACAAAGGCUCGCUCGGACUGAAGGAUCUGUUCGACAUCGCGCUUACAACGCUGGCCUACCUCUCGUUCGGCAUGUUUAUCCUCCAGGUGAUAAUGUGCAUUACCUUGAGCAAGUCGGACAUGAUGGUACUACCGACGCCGGAGAUCGAGGUGGAGGAGGACGAGCAACGCCGGUUCGUGCGCGGCCUUCCGGACCUCACCACCACUCCCGACACCGUGCGGGAGCAGAACCAACUGGCUGCGUACGUGCUCGACUCCAUCGACGUGGUGGUCGGCUCCAGUCCGGACCGUGACGUUUGCCUACCAGCAUCGCUGUGCCGGGCAAACCGAUUCUCCCGCACCAUCACCACCAUCCACGGCUAUUGGAUCAGUGUUUGGAGCUUCGGCGUAAGCUGGCUCGCUGGAUGCAAGACCGCUUCGUGCAGCUCACCGACGUUCGCACUCAAGUGCCUGAGUGCCACUCUCGUGGGACUUGGCAAUGGGAACUGCUCCAAACUUUAUCCUUGCCCCGGACAGCCGACCAAGUCGAAAAGAAGCUGA